UUUAUGUUUUUCUUUUGAAAUCAUCACAUUACACAUCACACGUGCUCUCUUACCCCUUCCUUUUCUUCGCCGGAAACCUCUCCUCCUCCUCCUAUAUUUCCUCCGCCGCUCAAAAUAAAAUAAAAUUUAAUCACAUCUAAUCUUGAAUAAUCACGCUAUAUGAAUGUUAAUUUUAUUAAUUAAUAAUCCGAUUUAGAAUAUCUUUUUUUAUUUAUUGGUGACGGUACGGCUGCUAAAAAAUGGGGACGGUGACGUCUUCGAUGGCGGCGAAGUUUGCGUUCUUUCCGCCGAGUCCUCCGUCGUAUGAGGUGGCGAUGGACGAGGCGAGCGGCAAGCUGAUGAUGGUAGGAAUAGGUACGAGAGAAAACGUUGACGUUUUGAGAAUGGAUACGAAGAGAGGGAACAGAGUAGUGGCGGUUUAUUUUAAGAAUCCGGCAGCUAAUUUAACAGUGUUGUAUUCACAUGGAAAUGCAGCUGAUCUAGGGCAGAUGUUUGAUCUGUUUUAUGAACUUAGUUUGCAUCUUAAAGUCAACUUGAUGGGGUAUGACUAUACUGGCUAUGGACAGUCUAGUGGAAAGCCAUCUGAGCAGAAUACAUAUGCUGAUAUAGAAGCUGCAUAUAGGUGUCUUGAAGAAAGAUAUGGUGUUAAGGAAGAAGAUAUUAUCUUAUAUGGUCAAUCAGUUGGAAGUGGACCUACACUAGAUUUGGCAACUCGAUUGCCGAAAUUGAGAGCUGUGGUUCUUCAUAGUCCAAUUGCUUCUGGCCUUCGUGUUAUGUACCCAGUGAAGCGAACAUAUUGGUUUGACAUUUACAAAAAUGUUGAUAAAAUACCAAUGGUCAACUGUCCAGUAUUAGUGAUACAUGGGACCUCUGAUGAUGUUGUGGAUUGGUCUCAUGGUAAACAGCUUUGGGACCUUUGUAAAGAGAAAUAUGAACCAUUGUGGGUGAAGGGAGGCAAUCAUUGCGACUUAGAGCUUUAUCCGCAAUAUAUUAGGCAUCUCAAGAAGUUCGUAUCAGCGAUUGAGAGAUCACAUCUUAGAAAUGGCUCUGGGUUAAUUAAGGAUCAAACAGUUAAUCCUCGAAACAGCACAGAUUCUAGAGAGACUUCUAGGCCAAGCAUAGAUCAGAGAGAGAAAAUCAGACAGGGCAUUGAGCAAAGAGAAAAGCAUAGGGUAAGCACAGAUCAUAGAGACAAAUCAAAAAUCAGCAUCGAUCGGAGAGAGAAAUCCAGAAAAAGUGCGGACCUUAGUGAAAAAGAGAAUAACAGCUCUGAUCACCUCGAGAAAACAAAGGAUAAUGGGUCAGACCAUCUCGAGAAAGCAAAGAAAAAUGGAUCAGACCAUCUCGAAAAAGCAAAGAAUAACGGGUCAGACCAUCUCGAGAAAGCAAAGAAUAACGGGUCAGACCAUCUCGAGAAAGCAAAGAACAGUAUGUCGGACCACCCAGAGAAAGCAAGGAAUAGCAUUGAUAGGUUUGGGCACAUGAUAAGAUCAGUUGGAUUAUGCAAUAUCGAUUGUUUCAGGCCUACUGCAACAGCUCUCUGAAGAAAAAUGAUGAUAAGGAUUGAGGUUGUAUUAUUCUUCAAUCAUAGUGAAAUUGUUCGCUGCAGAAUCAGAAAGUAAAUUAACCAGGCAAACUUUUUAUGACACCUCUCGCUUAUACAAGCAUAGUUUUUGAUCACUAUGAAUUUCAUAUGGGAGCUGAUCGUAUUGUACAGAACGGAUAUUGGCAGGUUUUGAUUCAAUGCAUUCACAAGCUGAUAAGGGAACCUGCGUGAUUCCAUUUGCUGAUAUUCGGAGUAUUUUUUCCCUCGUCAAAAACACGCGAGAUCUCGUGAAAGUCUGUCUCUCAUAUUAUCCUUUUAGCUAAAGCAGGGCGAGAAAAAUUGUAGGAAUAUAGAUGUUACUGUAUCUUGUUGAACUGUUUGAAGAAGUCUUGUGAAAAUGAAACAGGAACUUUAUAUUAAAUUAUUGAGGCAAUGUGCAUUAGCUACUAAUGUUUAAGUAA